AUGCUGUUUCCUCUGACGUUCAAGUCCGUCGGGCUAGCCCGCGCGGAGGCGAAACAGGGGCUGGACGUCUACUGGGGAGAAGCACUCCGAAGGUGCUGGCGAGAAGGAAACGGUCGGGGGGCGCGCAGCCUGGAAGAAUUAAGCCCUGCGUUGGUAUACCGAGAGGUUGCCGUUUGCCGGGCCUGCUACGACGUCUACCGUCGGCUGGACAAACUCCGGGAGAGAGGCGGCGGCCGCACGGCGGACGCUGCGGGCGAUCGGGGCUCUUGUUCUUCGUCGUCGUCGUCGUCGUCGUCGUUGCCGUUGCCAUCGUCCAAGGGGAGGAGAGACUCCCUGGCGGGCAUCGACGCUACGGCUUCCAGUGGCAGGCGUGCGGCAGCGGCGGAGGCCGGCGCGGUGACCCUGCGGGAAGAGGUCGGAGAGAUGCUGAAGGACGUGGACGCCAGGGCGGGAAAGCCGGGGGUCGAGGCGGGGAUUCCGUGGCGGAGGCGGUUAAGCAAGAGCAAGAGCACCGCCGGCGAACGGGUGGACCAGUCGCGCCUCGUGGACAAGCUGUCUCGGCCAAAGAAACAACAGCUCCAUCAUCCCGCGGAAGAAGAGCGCCACACCCUCCCGCGCGAGGACCACACCGCGCGUCGUCCGACCCUCAAGAGGCAGGUCAAGAGCCAGGGCGACAUUCCGGACUCCGCCGGCGAUGCCGGCGAUCGCCGCCACCACCCCCAACGACGCACGAGCGCCCCCGUGCCCGGAGGAGGCUUUCCGUCGCUGACGAGAGCACGGCGGCGCCGUCUGGAGCCGGCGGCGCCGGUGCGAGGAGCGCCGUGGCAGCGGACGGCCCUGCCGCGUGGAAAAAAGAGCGCUUGGCCGCCGCUCGACGACGAAGGCGGCGAAGGAACCGUUGCGAGCGAUCACCAUGCCAGCAACCCGUUUGGAAGGUAUUUGGAAGGUAGUGGUGGUGGUGGUGGUGGUAGCGGUAGGUCUAGGGAAACCAUCUGCGCGAUAGAAGCGAUGCUGGAAGAGGGGGGCGGCGACAGCUACCUCCCGGCUCGCGCUCGCGACCUGCCCGAAGCGUUGGCCGUACUCGGCCCUCCCAAGCCGGAGUCCUCCUCGAAGGACAAAGCCAGAGGGAGUACCGCACGCAAGAAACUGCGACACCGCGGCGCGGGGAAGAAGAGCGGUGAAGACCCGGAGCGCGAAAACAACGGACAUGGUACAGGAGGAGAGGAAAGCCACCGGACCACACGUGAUGCGCUCGAAGCUUCUGCUGAGAACGGCUCGACGGGGAGAAGCGGGAACGAUCCGGGGCCGAACACCGGCGGCGAGGGACACACACGAAAAACAUCGCCGGGCUGGCCAUCAGCGAAACCGGAAAGAGCGGAGGAAAGGUUUUUGCACCCAUGGCAGCGAGCCCUCGAGGCUGACAAGAGGGCGGUCAACGCCAGGACGGGGGGACAGCACGAAGCUGCCCUGCUGGAGGAGCAGCGGUGCCGGAGGGAGGCCAGGAGGGCGGCCGCGGAAUCGAAGGACUGUCGGAGGGCGGGCCGGAGGGUCGCCGCCCGCUUGGGCCGACAGCACGGCCGCCGCGGCCGCCGCCACCGCUCCGGCAAGAGCCGGGUCCACGGCAAGGGAGACAGGAAAAUGGCGCCAGACCGCCCGGAAGGGAGCGAGAGCCGCGCGAAAUUGAACGGCCAGGGGUACGAGGUCAGCUCGAGAGAUAGAGAGGUUGUUCUUCACAGGUGUGGCGGCGACGAAGAUGACGAUGACUCCCUCCGCCAGUUGCGCGAUGCCCUCGGCUGGGCACGGAAGACGCUCGAGGCUCUCAUGAAACGGCUGAAAGAUCGGGGGAUCGCCAUAGAAAGCGCUAGGGCUGCGGCUGCACGCGGAGGUGGUGGCCUUGGCGGGGCGGCCAAGGACUGGGAGAUCGUGCGGGUGCUGAAUAAACUCCGCAGACGCGUGGCGGCCUUCGAAGACGAAGGCAUCUCCCUUGGUGUCAACAAGGCGACGACAGCAGAGGAGGGAGUCGCAGGAGCAGCGGAGGCCCGAUCAAAGUGCGAAGCCGCCUGCGAGUCAUUCGAGGCGGACUUUUGCCAUCUGAUCGACGAGCUCACCGCUACGGCAAAGGGGCUUCCGAGCCACCCGGAUCUGCAGCUGCGCUCGACCUCGAUCACCCACUGGGCAUCGGAAUCUAGUGGUAGCGUUCCUCCUGGCCCCGGAGGCGCCGCUGCCUCAGACCCGGCAAGCAGGACGACGUUUCGUUCGUUGAGCUUUGGCCUGUGUUCAUCGUGCUCGGUCCUUCCCGUCGCAAGACGUUGCUUGGAUUGUGACGGCGACGAUAGGGACAGGUGCUCGAGCUGCUUCGUCAGGGAGCACCGCGACGCGGAUCGGCAGAGACACCGCUUCCUGCGCAUCAGUGGCUGCGGCAGGGAGGGCGGCGGAACCGUCGCGGGCCCCCGACGAGGAGCUGCAAGCGCCGAGAAAGGAGCGGUGCAGGAGGACAGCUCCGGAGGCGGCGCGCGGUGCUCCAGGUGCGGCGACCUCGCCGCCGCCCGGCGGUGCCGAGACUGCAGCGUGGACAUGUGCGCCGCGUGCCACUUCCUCGCCCACCGUUCCCCGAGCAAGCGGUCUCACGUGACGGAGUUCGUCGGCGAGACGGCCGUGUCCAUGCAGGAGGCCCUGCAAUCUCGAAACUGGGGCGCCGCAGCAGGAUCAGCUGCCGCGCGGGAAAUCUCGAACGACGGCGGGGAGGUCGCGGCCAAGGAGAGCGGGGCGUCUUCCUCUUCCUCUCCCUUCUCCUCCCCGUCCACGCCGCAAGCGUCCAGAAACGUCGGAAACAGCGGGAGCGACCGAGUUGAUGCUGUCAGUCGUGAGGCACGAGAAGGGUGGGGGAGGGAAUCGCCCGUGCCCGGGGAAGGGUCGUUCGGCAAGGGUGCGGCCCAGUCGCUCGCUCAAGUGCGAAGAACGAUAGACGCCCCGGCAGUUCCUCCUCCCGGGCCCUCGCAGUCGUUGGGGGGAAUUGGUUCUGGGCUUAGUGGAGCAACUGAGCAUUUUGAUGGUGUUGGUGGUGAGAGUGAGGACGUAAGCCGUGAUGAUGCUCGACCGAUUGAUGUAGACCCAUCGGCCGAGGUAGGUGUUGGUGGUUCAACAUCGCUCACGGAUGGAGACCACGGAGUACACCCACGCUUCGAACCGCCGGGGGACGAUUUUGUAGAGGAAGAGGCCGCCAUUCCCAACGGCGACGGUUCUCCUGACGAGGUCAUACACAGGGACGGUGCAGGACACUACGGGGGCGGUGGAUGGAAUGGCUGGGAGGAGGGGCAAGGAAGGGACGAACGUGGGAACGUGGAUGUCGAAAUACCCGAAGAAAUCACCGGAGGAGAUGGCGAACAUGGCCCUAGCGACUCAGCAACUCACAGUAUUAAUAUCAAGGAUGAUGGCCGCAGCAGGGAUACCCUUCGAGCUGGAGCAGGAGGGCGAGGGGAGGGCGCAGACAUGGCUGAAGAUAUGUUUGGAGGCCUGGAGGGCAUUAAGGAGGAAGAGGGGCUAGAAGGGGAAGAAACGGACACUAGUUCAGAGGAGGAUUCCGAUAAUGACGAUGACGAUGACGAAGGAAUGAUGUGGAGUCCCGUGAACAUCGCGAAGGUGGUCGUCCCCGACACAGCCUCAGACGAUGAAGAAGCAGAGAUAUACUCGCCACCGUUUACGUCGCGGGCGGCAAGGACGCCAGACGAACUUGAUGAUAUCCCGGCCACUUCGAUGGAGGAGGGAGAAGACCGCGGAAAUUCACAGGCCGCCCAGACACGGGAAGCGACCACACCAAAGAUUGCCAAAACGCCGGGACCCGACGAAGUUACCGUCAACGGCGCCGUUGGGAGGAGAGAACUGGAUACAAGCUCACCGCCACCUCCGCCGGCGGCCACGCCAAAAGGCGAAGCCGCCACCAUCGACCUCGACUUCGCCCUCGGCAGUAGGAAACGAAACGAAGAGCGAGAAGGGCAUGGUGGUGGUGGUGAUGCCUCCCCCAAGUGGACGCUGCUGCUGCAAACGGGCGCACCCAAAGAUGAGGUCGCAGAGAGAAAACCAGACGGAAAGUCAACACCACCACCGCCGGCAGCGGAAAUCAUGCAAAGGGCAGACGGACCGGAGAGAACAGAUCACCAAGAAACCGUCGAGAGCGGGUGCCCUUCCCCACAGGAAGCAGUCUCCCAGAAUACCGACACCUCUGCAGUCGAAGCAGAUGAAAGCAAUUGCCGGUAG